AUGAGGCUCCUCGCGCUCCUUUCGACACUCCUUGUGCUCUUUGCACUUGGCCAUGCCCUUCCCCAGCCGCGGGACAAUCCUGCUUCACAAUUCAUGGGUGUUAAGGUUGUGCGUAUACCCACCGGUCCUUCUGUCGACAUACUCGCCCGACUUCAAAGCUUGAUCGCAAAGCACGAUUUGGACCUCUGGACGACGACCCCGACGAUCAACUCGCAUGUGGACGUCGAAGUACCUCCUGGCGAUUACGAUAGUUUUAUGAAGGCAGUACAAGAGCUACAAGGCCAGGCCGGCAUUCUCGAGCCCGUCACGAUUAUGCACGAAGAUCUCGGAAAAAGCAUCUUGGAAGAGUCCUCAACAUCUGAGGAUUAUGCCGCCCGCAUGAUGAAAGCUGCAAGUCUCGCGACCCCAGCAUGGUUCAACGCAUACCACCCGUAUGCUGAUCAUCUCACUUUUCUCAAUGAUCUCGCUGCAGCCUAUCCCUCCAACGCCAAAGUCGUCACCGCCGGCACAUCCGUCCAAGGUCGUGCGAUCACGGGCAUCAACAUUUUUGGAAGCAGCGGGAGCGGCGUCAAGCCUGCCAUUGUCUGGCAUGCCAAUGUACACGCACGCGAAUGGAUCACGAGCAUGACGGUCGAGUAUAUGGCAUAUCAAUUGCUCACCAACUAUGCCAACUCGACCGAGAUCAAAUCGUACGUGGACAAGUACGACUUUUACAUCUUCCCCGUCGUCAAUCCGGAUGGAUUCGUCUACUCUCAAACGACGAACAGAAUGUGGCGCAAGAACCGACAAUCCCCUCCAAGUGGGAGUUCGUGCUAUGGGCGGGAUAUUAAUCGCAAUUGGGAUAUUCACUGGUCGGAUCCGGGAGGAGCCUCGACAAACCCAUGUGACGAGACGUAUAGGGGUCUCGCGCCUGCUGAUGCACCGGAAACGAAAUGGCUCGCAGCGUUUUCGAAUGGGAAGAAGAAUAGCACGCAGGGGAUGAAGAUGUACGUGGACUGGCAUAGUUACAGUCAAAUGUUUUUCACACCGUACGGAUUCGACUGCGAUGCAAUUCCGCCGGACAAUACCGAGCUGUUAUCGCUCGCCAAGGGAUUCACGACGAGUCUUAAAGCGGUGUAUGGCACGUCGUAUACGUAUGGAGGGAGCUGCAAGACGAUUUACAAGACCACUGGGAGCUCUGACGAUUAUGCUUAUGUCGUCACUGGCGUCAAGUACUCUUUCUCUGCAGAGCUGCGUGAUACGGGGAGGUAUGGCUUUGUUCUCCCAGCGAAUCAAAUCUACCCGACGGGCAUCGAGACGUGGGCAGGCGUACGCUAUCUGCUCGCCAAUAUGAAGUGA